AGCAUUUGAAAGCGUUGAGCUCACAAUUUGCUUUCUAUCUCUUCUUUCUCUAUUUCUGCUUUCCUUUGUUUUUCUUAUAUUAUUGCAACAAAUAACAGAAUUAUGGUGGUGGCUUCCACUACUACUACUACCACCACAACUACAAUUCGAAAUGAGAAGGAGCAAGCAGUGGGAGGAGUUCCUGUGAUAGAUCUGUCUCGCAAGGGGCCACAGGUUAGGGAGCUCAUUCUCAAAGCCUGUGAAGACUACGGCUUCUUCAAGGUGAUCAAUCAUGGCGUUCCCAAGGAUGCUAUUGCCAGAAUAGAAGAAGAAGGGUUUCACUUCUUUGCCAAACCCGCCUCCGAGAAACGAAAAGCUGGUCCCGCCAACCCUUUUGGUUAUGGCUGCAACAGCAUCGGCUUCAAUGGCGACAAGGGUGAAGUUGAGUACAUCCUCCUCCACACUAAUCCUCUCUCCAUUUCUCAAGCCUCCAAAGCCAUCUCUACUGACCCCACAACCUUCAGCUGUGCUGUGAAUGAUUACAUACAAGCAGUUAGAGAUCUGGCAUGUGAGAUUCUGGAUCUGAUUGCAGAAGCUCUGCGGGUCCCUGACAGGUCUGUCUUAAGCUCCCUCGUCAGAGAUGUUGAUAGUGACUCACUCUUCAGGCUUAAUCACUAUCCUCCACCUGGCACUGACUACAAGGACUGGAGCACAUCACGUCACCACCACCGCCACAGGAUCGGCUUCGGCGAGCAUACCGACCCCCAAAUCUUGACUGUCUUGCGAUCCAAUGAGGUCGAGGGCUUGCAGAUAUCCUUGGACGAUGGAGUUUGGGUCCCCAUCCCUCCUGACCCUACCUCUUUCUGCAUUAAUGUUGGAGAUGCUUUGCAGGUGUUGACAAACGGGAGGUUUCGGAGCGUGAGACACAGGGCCAUAGCCAACUCAUGUAAGCCACGGUUGUCGAUCAUCUACUUUGGGGCUCCACCGCUGCAUGCAUGGAUCUCCCCUCUUCCGGAGAUGGUCACACCCCAGCGCCCCCCUCUCUAUAGACCUUUCACUUGGGCCGACUAUAAGAAAGCCACUUACUCUCUUCGAUUGGGCGACACUCGUCUUGACCUCUUCAGGACUCCCACCUCUCACCAGGACGCCAUUAAUUCACUCAACUCAACUCAACCAUCAAUAUAAUGGAUGCUCUGGCUUCAUCAUGGAUUUUCCCUUCUUCUUCUUCUUCUUCUUCUUCUUCUUCUUCUUCUUCUUCCUCCUGAUAGACAUCUACGCAUGCAUGCAUGUUCUAAGAAAUGAAAAUGUCGUACUUUAAUUGUACAAGUAGGAAGUUUAAUGGUUAAUUUCCUUUCUGUUUCA